AUGUCAACAUCACUAAAAAGUAAUCUGAGUGAAAUGAAAACUGGCCUAUCACAGUCUUCAUGUUUAUCUGGUGGCCUUUAUUCCAAUUGUUCAAUGCUCAACCUGCUGGAUCAGUCUAGAUGUCAGCGACAACUGUCACCUGUAUUAACUUGUAUUAAUGAUGAUACGAAUAAGGAGAGUCUUUCUAGCUGUCGACUAACAAAUCAUUAUAAAAGUGAUAUCAGCAGUUAUGGAAGUGAUACAUUAUUGUUCAAUAAAGAUAACAGCGAUAUAUUUUCAGGUCAACAAUUGAUAAAUCAUAGCUCAGCGCAACACUUGAGAUUGAUUCACCCGAUGACAACGACGACGGUAACAACAAAAGACGAAGGGGAAGGGGGAGAGGAAACAGUGGAUUGUAUUACAACAAGACGAAGACUGCCUCCAUUAGGUAGAAGUGACAGUGGUGAGACAGGUUUCCAGUUCAUUUCCAAUGAAAAGAGUCAAUUGAGUGAUAUUAAGGCACCUAUAAUUAAAAUUAAUAAUGAUGAUAGUAGUAAUAUGAUCGAAUUUAAAAUUAUUGAUCAUGUCAGGCAUGGUAAAUCGGAAGGGUAUACUUCUACGGGAUUGGAUAGACAUCGGGGCAGCAGUGUUGACAGUGAAUACAAUGACAAAACUAAAACACCCUGUCCAGGAUCUUCCUAUACCAGUUAUACGAUCCAAAUGAAGAGAAAAUCUUGUACACAUCAACUGAAUUUAACACCAUUCAAAACAGAUACACAAUACAAUAAUUCCCCUCCAUCCCUUUCAGCAUCACUUUCACACCAUGAAGAUCGAUUGAAUGUUAUCAAUUCACUGUCAUCGUCAAGGCAUAAAAUUGAAUCGCAUACAUCACUUUCUAAUCCUCAAAAAUCUACCAAUCAUAAUCAAUAUUUUGAUAAAAAUAAUAAUAAUAUUAGUAGUAGUAGUAAUAAUAAUAGUAAUGAGUAUACGGACAAUAGUAAUCAAAAUACAAUUAAAUAUAUUCAUUCAUCAGAUUCUUGUGUUGAAAAUAUGCACAUUGUAACAUCAAGUCAAUAUUCAAUUACUUAUAUUACAAAUAUCCAGUGUUCUCAAUCAUUUUGUGCACAUUCUGAAUUGAAAAGACAAAAUCUCGCUUGUAAUGUGAUCACUACUAGCACUAAUAGUACUACGGACAAUAAUGAUAUUAAUGUCCCCAAUAAUAGCAAUAAUAAUCAUUUACGAAAUAAAUGCGAUACAAAUAUGAAUACUCAUGCUGGUUCAGAGUCAUAUUUCGACACAAGUAAAUUUGUCGCACGGAACAUUUGGUUGCAUAAUACUACUACCACUAAUAAUAAUAAUAAUAAUAAUAACAGUAGUAAUAAUGAUAAUAAUAAAUUCACACCGAAUAUGAAAACAGAUAGAUCCUAUUCGGAUUCAGUCGCCGGAACAUUUCAGCGGAUAUCAUUGUAUUUUACAAAUGAUAACUUGAAUCCCAGUACCAGUAAUAAUGGCGGCGGCACGAGUGGUGCUGCUGGUAGAAGUAAUAGUAACAAUAAUAAUAAUAACAGCAGUAAUAAUAAUAGUAAUAUUUUUUCUAAUUCCUCCAAAGAUAAACAAUACAUCAAAGCAAAUAUUUACAAUAAUAUCCCAGGUAGUUCAAUACUACGCGGUGCGUUAAGAACGUCAAUUUCUGAAGCCACUUAUCGAUCUAGUGGAAAUCGUGGCAUGCGUAAAGUCAACCAGCGUACCGUGUCAGUACCAACAGUUUCAACGAAUUCAUGUCAGACAUCAUUAAUACCAACAAAUAAAACAACAACUAAUUCAGAUGGACAUUUUGAAACAAUUACUGAGGAUAAAAAUACUGGUGGAGAGGUAACAGUUGCUAAUGAAUUAACAACACGACGGAGUAUAAAUUCAAAUAAUGCAAGUCAGAUUAUAUCAGAUCCUCGUUCAAGGACAUGUUGUUUUUGUUGGUGUUGUUGUUGUUCUUGUUCAUGUAUGCGUGUACGCACAAACCUUGGUGAAUCAAAAAGGCCCUCAGCUUCAAACGAUCCACAAUCAACAAUAGAUGGUCCAGUUGGUGAUGAAAAAAUUACACUGGAAGAAUUAAGAAAGUGGGCAGAAUCAUUUGAUAUAUUAAUGAGAAGUUCAGGUGGUCAAAAAACAUUCCGUGAAUUCCUACGAUCAGAAUAUAGUGAAGAGAAUAUUAUGUUUUGGCUUGCCUGUGAAGAUAUACGCAAAGAGAAUAAUCCAGAAAUUGUUGAAGAAAAAGCUCGUAUCAUUUAUGAAGAUUUUAUUUCAAUCUUAUCACCACGUGAAGUUAGUUUAGACUCACGUGUACGUGAAAUCAUCAAUGCCAAUAUGAUUGAACCAACACCGCAUAUAUUUGAUGAAGCUCAAUUACAAAUUUAUACAUUAAUGCAUAGAGAUUCAUAUCCACGAUUUAUUAAUUCAAAACUUUAUAAAGAUAUGCUACAAGAAGCUAAAGAUGCACAAACUUGA